AUGUCGCGGGAAGAAACGGUCACCAUUGAUUAUUGGAAGGAGCCUGAAUUCAAUGAGGAUGACGUGAAAGGUCCGUUUUUCGAAGAGUCUUCGUUUCAAGUUGUUUUCCCUGAGACCCGAGCUAAAUAUAUCCAGCAGGUAUUUUUCCCUUUCCCUCCCCUCUUCCCUCCCCUCUUCCCGCUCUGGUCGGGUUUCAUGAAGUGUUUCCUUUAA